UCUUUCUUUUUCUAUUUAUCUGAAUCCAAUGCAGGCAAUCAUGGUCUUGAUGCUGAGACCUCUUUAAUGGAUCUUCUUCUUCGUUUUCAAAUUAACCCUCAGAGAAUUUGAUAUUUCGUUUUUGUCCUGUUUUUGGGAGAGGGAUUAUGGGAAGAACAAGAGGGGUUUCAGUUGCAAUGGCAUUGUUCUGUGUUCUUCUUGUUGUUCUUCAGAGCUUCUCUUUGGUGUGUGGCCUCACUUAUAGCUAUCAACAUGUUAGUAGCUUGAGAUUUUACAGGAUUCAAAACCAUUUGGACUCCAUUAACAAGCCUCCUCUUCUCACCAUUCAGAGCCCAGAUGGUGAUAUUAUAGAUUGUGUUCAUAAAAGAAAACAGCCAGCUCUGGAUCAUCCCCUCUUGAAGAACCACAAAAUUCAGAGAGCACCAACAGGGUGGCCGAAAAUGAAGAAGAAUGAACGGAGGGCAGGAUCAGGUGCGGGAGGUCCAUUUCAAACUUGGCAUGUGAACGCGACACGGUGUCCAAAGGGAACUAUUCCGGUGCGGCGCAGCACAGUGAAGGAUGUGUUAAGAGCCAAGUCUUUGUUUGACUUUGGGAAGAAGAAACGACCGAUUCUGCUUGAUCGACAAAUGGACGCUCCUGAUGUGGUCAGUGGGAAUGGUCACGAGCAUGCGAUCGCAUACACUAGAUCGCCUGGGGAGAUGUACGGAGCGAAGGCGACGAUAAACGUGUGGGAACCGUCCAUCCAAAUGGUCAACGAGUUCAGCCUCUCUCAGAUUUGGAUCCUCUCUGGAUCAUUUGACGGCUCAGAUCUCAACAGUAUAGAGGCUGGUUGGCAGGUUAGUCCGGAGCUUUAUGGUGACAGCAGACCGAGAUUGUUCACAUAUUGGACGAGUGAUGCAUAUCAAGCAACUGGCUGCUAUAACCUUUUAUGUGCUGGAUUUGUACAAACUAAUAGCAGAAUCGCCAUCGGAGCUGCCAUUUCUCCGGUCUCUUCCCUUACCGGCAACCAAUAUGACAUUACCAUUCUCAUUUGGAAGGAUCCAAAAUUGGGAAACUGGUGGAUGGGAUUCGGUGACAACACACUGGUGGGUUACUGGCCGGCGGAGCUAUUCACUCACCUGGCCGACCAUGCCACCAUGGUGGAGUGGGGCGGCGAGGUCGUCAACUCAAGGUCCAAUGGCCAGCACACUUCCACCCAAAUGGGCUCCGGCCACUUCGCCAACGAUGGCUUCGGCAAAGCUAGCUACUUUCGAAACCUCGAGAUCGUCGACUCUGAUAAUAACUUAAGUGACGUUCAAGAGAUCUCGACAUUAGCUGAGAACACCAAUUGUUAUAACAUUAUGAGCUCUUACAAUGACCAAUGGGGCACUCAUUUCUACUACGGUGGCCCCGGUAGAAACCCUGAAUGUCAAUGAUCAACAACAUCGUUACUGCAACCAUGACGACUCCAUGCACGAAAUGCCACAAGAGAAGCUCGUUCUUAUUUCUAAAUUCUACUAAGUGGAUUAAAUUUUAUCCUAAACUUUUAACGAUAAGUUUGAGAUAAAAAUUGAUUCAUUUAAGGUAAAAAAUUGAUUCUAAAAUGUAUAAGAGAAUUAUUUAAUUGU